AUGUCGAGCGUCUUCUUCGGCUCUUGUGAUUCCACCCAGCCAGUAUUUGUUAGACUCGCCCCCGAGGGUAAUGAUGGGCCAUGGAGUAGCUUCAACGUUCGAGUUGGCAGCCCAGAACAGGACGCUCGAGUCCUUGUAUCUACAGCCUCCCCGGCAACAUUGGUUGUCCUAUCACAAUAUGGCUGCUCGGAGGCAGUGAUGAAAAAUGUGCCGUCGGAUUGCGCUGUUUCGAGAGGUCUUAUGUUCACACCGAACGAGACCUCGACGUGGGGUCAAUUAGGGACCUUUGAACUCACCGGUGGAGAGUCUGGUUUCGAAGCGAACCUUGGAUAUGUGCAGCCAGCUCUGUUUGGCUUGGAUACCCUUGGGAUCGGGCUUGUCGAUGGAUCUGGGGGACAUACGCUUAAGAAUCAGACAAUUGGUGGGUUUGCUACAGCGUACCCCUUCUAUUUAGGAAUCUUCGGUAUCAACACGCAGCCAUUGAAUUUUACCUCAUUGGGAAACUUCUCUUCCCCUUCAUACAUCACAACAUUGAAGGAGAAUAACGUUAUUCCCAGCCUGAGUUGGAGUUACACCGCGGGAGCUAUAUACCGGCUGAAGAAGGUUUAUGGCCAACUCAUUUUCUCUGGCUACGACACGUCUCGCUUCACCGAUAAUUCGGUCACUUUCACAAUGGCGGACGAUGUCACACGCGACCUGGUGGUGGCCCUUCAAGCCAUAACCUACAGCGGAGAGAACACAGAGUCUCUCUUGUCUUCCCCAAUUAACAUAUACAUCGACUCCACGGAUCCCAAUAUUUGGCUUCCAGACACCGCCGUGGACGCUUUUGAGUCUGCCUUUGGUCUCACGCUGGACAGCACCACUGGUCUAUAUCUCGUUAACAGCUCCCAUCAAUCUGUGCUUCUCGAGACAAACGCACAAGUAUCCUUUCGAUUAUCUGAUGUUUUAGAUGGCGGUGACACGGCUACGAUUACUCUCCCCUAUAAUGCGUUCAACCUCCAGGCAGAGUAUCCAUUGGUCGAAAAUUCGAGCUACUACUUCCCCCUCAAGUGUGCCGCAAACGAAUCACAAUACACACUGGGCAGAACGUUUCUCCAAGAAGCAUACCUCUCAGCCGAUUAUGAGCGCCGGGUUUUCAAUGUCUCGCAGUGUACUUGGAAUGAAGGCGCGGAAGAGAGCAUCGUCACCAUUCUUGCAAGUUCAGCCACCACUACCAGCGAAUCUACCAAGAGUCCAACGUCGUCCUCGUCCAGUGAUUCUGAUACCUCUUCGAGUGGCUCUUCUCUUAGCACCGGUGCCAUUGUCGGCAUUGUAAUCGGUGCAGUGGCUGCCAUUACAUUGAUUGCCUUAGGUGUCUUCUUCUUUCUUCGCCGGAGGAAGCAGGAUCCUGGCAAUGAACCUGAACAAAGCAUUCUUCAGUUUCCCGCAUCUCAGAGUGUCUCAGACCUUGAAUUUAAGCAUGCGGACGAAAAUGCGUUUGCCAUAGCUCCAAUAAUGCAUGGAGAACUCUCUGGAAACGAUACUCAGAUUCACCAGUUGCAUGCAAACUCUGGACUGAGGCCGAUCAGGGAUCGUGACACUGAAUCUCCGGCCGCAUCGGCAAUGUCUCUGGUAUCGCCCGAUGUGUCUUUCCCAUCCCCAGAUGUAAUGUCUCUGAUGUCCCCUGAUGGGUCUUUACCGUCACCCGAUUACCACACCGACCACAAAGCACCACAACUAUACUCACAACGUAACCAUAACCGACAACCUCUUAUGCCAAUCAACUGCAAUCCGGAGCCGGAUAUCCCUAUCCUCAACUCACAAGCUUUGGUUAUGGCCCAUUUCUGCCGGGCCACCAAGGCCCUGACCCCAGCUACAAUCGGCGCAAAGAAGCGUCGCCGCCGCCAGCGGCGAGAACAAGAAGAGAUUACUGCCCGUCGGCAGCAACCUCAAGCAAAAUUGCUCGAUAUUUCCUUAGAGCAAGAGUUCACCGCAAUGGCUAGCGCGCUCGUCCCGUUCGUCGCCCCCAUCAAGCCGCCCCAACAGGCGGCUGCCCAACCCACUCGGCCUGCCGAGGCCGCGGCGUCGCCUGUUGGGGUGGCUCAUCAGCCCACCGCUGGGCCGGUUGGUAAUUAG